GGGCUGCUGAGCGCUUUUCUUAUCCUUCUGAAGAGGAAAAGAUGUCCGACGACAUUUCGAUCCUUCCAUACUGUUGUCCAACCGUAAGUAACUUAGAGCAUUCUUUGUCUAAAUGUCCGAAUUGAUACCCAGGCCGGCAUGCUAGCUAAGCAGCCUGUUUGGGAGAAUGAUUUUUACUGCACGAACGCACUCAGCAGAGAAAGAUACUAUGACCCCCGUGACGAGGUGACAAGACCACGCAAUAGCGUUUCUCACGUGAACGGGCUGUGUUCGAUGGGCAGUCUGUGUGCGGCGCAGCCUACCUUAGAUUUGUCAUCAAAGCUCCUUACAAUGCAGCAGAGUGCGCCAGGAACGAAGGCGCUGAAGACAUCGCUGGACGAGGGCGGUAUCCUCUGCGCCGUUCGGAUGUUUACGUGGUUCUUUGGCAUUUUGGGCAUCUGACUUAACGAGCAGGCCGGAAGCGAUCGGCA